AUGUCUACAGCUGACCCAUCAGCGCAGCUGGACGCUCCACGGCCACUAUCAAAGCCCAAGAAACCACUCUCUUGCAUCUCCUGUAAAGUCCGAAAACUCAGAUGCGACCAUGAGAGACCGUCUUGUACUCGAUGCGCCAGAGCCAACAGCGAGUGUAUUUAUCCGGAAGCUCGGCGCAAGCCGAAAUUGUUGCAAAACAAUGUCAAGGAGCUGGAGGCUCGGAUCGCCCAGGUUGAAGGAUAUCUCAAGGAGGUUGGCCAAAAGGGUCUUGACGUCAGCAGAGACAUCCCUGUUGCCGGGCUGGACAGCGAAGAUCAGCCCAGUAGCGAGCACCAACAAAGUAACGAGAUAGCGGUCGAAGAUGACGCCGCCUUUCAUGACCUCAACACUCUGUCCGGCAACUUCGCCGUUGAGGGUCCGCUGUUUAGCCAAGAUGCGGUCGAUGAGAGUACGGCUCGAGCGGGAUCACAGCCGCUAUUCGGAUUCGCAGACCUUGACGACCAAGCUGGCAGUACGUUUGGUAGUGAUCAACUCAUAGAUCUGGGCAUGUCGGAGGCACUGCCGCCUCCUGAAGUGAUAGAAGAUUUGCACACGUCCUUCUUCUCUACGCAAUAUCAUUACAUGCCGGCAAUUCACUCUGGUCGCUAUUACCGAGCUUUUUAUGGCAAUUCACUGAGCAGGCCACCAAUGUGUUUGCAGUAUGCCAUCUGGGCAAUGGGCGCUUUGUGGCAUCCUAAAUACGACCGAUGCGCUGAUGUAUUCUACAAAAGAGCGAGACAUUAUGCCGAGACUGACGAAUUGGAGGGUAACGGAGAUCACUUCAUCACGAUAGCACAUGCCCAAACCUGGAUCCUGAUAGCAUCCUAUGAAGCCAGAGCUAUGCUCUACACAAGAGCGUCCAUGAGCUGUGCUCGAAGCUGCCGACUCGUGCAAAUGAUGGCGCUCGAUAGGAUAGAUACGCCAGACGGGACUUUCUCUUCAAAUCUAAGUCCUCCGAGCGACUGGACCGAACUGGAAGAGCGCAGGAGAGUCUUUUGGAUGGCAUAUUCCAAUGAUGCUCAGGGAAGUAUAGCGACUGGCUGGUGUAGCAUCAUCAGGACGGAAGAGAUAAUGACUCGACUUCCGGCCAGCGAAGAGGCCUUUGCAUCUGGCCAAGAAGAAACUGCGCCUUUCUUAGACGAGGUGAUGAAAGGCGCACCUUACAGGGGCUUUACUGGCUCUCUCGUCCUAAACGAGAUGCUAAAGUCCAUCAUGUCACACGCUCAUCUACUCAAGUCUUCUGACCGACCCGAAGAUGCCAUGAAUGGUGCUUUUUGGCAGAGACACCGCCAGCUGGAUAACCAAUUGUCCAAGCUGUUCCUGUUCAUGCCAGAAAGCUUCCGCCUUCCUGAGAACAUACGAGACCCUCUUGCUACAUAUAUCAACUUGAACUUCCAUGCUUGCGUGAUAUGCCUGCAUCACGUUGCUCUCGAGAAGAUUGAGACAUACGAACUCGAUGAUUCGCUGAGAAAAGAGUGCCGAGGUCUUCUCAAAAACGCCGCUGAAGAGAUUGCCAGCAUUGCUAAACUGACAUCUCAUCGCUCAUCUUUAUUUAGCAACCCCCUAUGCGCAUUUUCACUCUACUGCGCCACCACUGUCUAUGUGUAUCUCGCCAAACAAGACCCUUCUUCUGGAAUCAAUCCCAAAGACAUGUCCAACCUGGAGCUCAUAAUCAACGUCAUGGAAGCCAUAAGCCGCAUCCACAUGAUCACAAGCGCGUUCCUGCAGCAAGCAUGUCUCGAUAUUGAGAAAAACGGCCUCUCGGGCAUCAUCAAGCUGCCUACUCUUCACCAAUACCGGGAUCUAUUUGGCGGUCCUACUUCCUUUAUUCCGCUCAUGGCACGGAGUCCAAUAUCGAAGCACACACAGAUGAGCUCUCCGUUGCCCGGGCGACUUCCGUUGGAUAAACCCUUGGGACACUUGCGGCCAAUGAAUCUGAGAAUGACGAAGUCGGUCCCGCUGCUCACUGGAGUGACGGCGUGUAUGAGCCGGAUGGACAUUAACGACACCUUCCGGCCUGCUCUGGGUGCUAUAUCCCGAAAUUUAGAGCCCCGCUCUACUGACAGCUCUCACAAGAGAAAGCGACGACCUUCGACCUCUCAGCUCUCUACAAAUAUAAGCGUAUUCGAGCGAUGCGCCGGUUACAGCGUGGCAUACAAUGGAUGA